GAAUCGGGGAGCCGAGCAGACUCAUCGCCAUGGGGAGAAGACCUGCAAGGUGCUAUCGUCAAAUCAAGAACAAACCCUACCCAAAGUCACGAUUCUGUCGUGGUGUGCCUGAUCCCAAGAUCAGGAUUUAUGAUGUGGGAAUGAAAAGAAAGGGCAUUGAUGAAUUUCCUUUCUGUGUGCAUUUGGUCAGUUGGGAGAAGGAAAAUGUUUCAAGUGAGGCACUUGAAGCAGCACGUAUUGCAUGCAACAAGUACAUGACAAAGUUUGCUGGAAAUGAUGCUUUCCAUUUGAGAGUGAGGGUUCACCCAUUCCAUGUUCUUCGUAUCAACAAAAUGUUGUCAUGUGUCGGGGCUAAUAGGCUCCAGACUGGAAUGAGGGGUGCUUUUGGAAAGCCCCAGGGUGUCUGUACUCGUGUAGCCAUUGGUCAGGUCCUUCUGUCUGUUCGCUGCAAGGAUAGCAACAGCCCUCAUGCUCAGGAGGCUCUACGCUGUGCAAAAUUUAAGUUUCCUGGUCGUCAAAAGAUUAUCGUCAGCAGGAAAUGGGGAUUUACCAAGUACAAUCGAACUGACUAUCUGCGAUGGAGGUCUGAGAACAGGAUUAUGCCUGAUGGUGUGAAUGCCAAGCUUCUUGGAUGUCAUGGACCUUUCGCGCUAAGGCAACCUGGAAGAGCAUUUGUGGAUGCAGCUACUCUGUGAUGAGUUUUAUUGGAAUUUGAAUGU